UGCUGGAUCGGAUCUAAAUUUUUUGAGAGUUUUAAUAACCUAAAAUUUUUACCAAGUUUUGAUCGUCUCGUUACGAAACUAUAAUCUAAACGAGGAAAUUCAGAGUUUGGGUGCUGUAACGAUGAGAAUGAGAAAGUAUAGGGGUGAAAAUAGAACUUUUCCGUUCCGUUCCCGGAAGUUACGAGUUAUGACCUCAACGAAACGGAAGGCCCAUUUUACCGCCAAAAACGUGGCUGGCGCCGAAUUUGACACGUGGGCAACAUUGCGGCUGCCCGACAUUCAAAUAACUGAACCAGAGAGAACUUUUUUAAUUCUGCGGUUCCAGAGAGCUCCGCUGCCAAGCUCCUGAAUCUUCACCCUUUCUGGCUCGGCCGCGCCAUGGCCACCGCCCGGAUCCUCCGCGCUCUCUCCGCUGCCCGCUCCUCUUCAUCGUCGUCGUCGGCUUGCCAAAUUGGAAAAUCAACGGGGGGUAAUCCCACGAUCAUGGCUGGGCAAUUCGGAUCGGGGCCGAGGUGCGCGUCGUCGUUUUCGGAUUCGUCGUCGUCGUCUUCUGAUUCGUCGGAGCCUCGGAAGAAGCUGACGGACCGCCUAUCGACGGUGAUAGAUGCCGUCAAUGACCGUAAGCUCCCUCCGGAGCUCCGUGGCCAGCGCAAUAACGUGAGGUCAGAGACGGAUAUAAUCAAUGUUGUUGAGCAAAGAAUCUGGCAUUCAAUGGAGGAAGGCCAAUUCGAAAACUUGCCAGGGAAAGGGAAGCCUCUGAACCUCGAAACCAACCCGCACGCCGACCCUGCUGAGGACACAUUGUACAGAAUCCUCUCCAAGAACGGUUGCGCUCCAGAAUGGGUCGAGCUGAACAAGGAGAUCAGGAGCCAAAUAUCCGAAUGGCGGUCCGGGUUGAAGAAAGCAUGGGCAAGCAAGUGCAGUGGCAAUGAUCCUUCCUCCAAAUGGGUUGAGGUCUCUGCAGCCCUGAAAGCUCAGUUGAGAGGCAUCAAUGACAAGGUUUUCCGGUACAACCUCAUCGUCCCUUUCGGUAGGCAGAUGUUUGGGCUCAAGUGGGAGAAGGAACUAGAUCGCUUGAAUGAACAACAUUAAAGCUCUUCCAUGCUCGUAUCUUGUCUCUUUCGUUUCCUGUUCGUAGCAGAAUGAUUCCCGGCUUCUCGCAUCUUCUGUAACUAAGACCAGAUGGUGAAUGUGCCUAAAUAGUGGCAGUGGAGAGAAGAUUUUCCGAUGAAUGUAUCUCUAGUUUGUAAUGGUAGGAGUAGCAAGUGUAGCACUUUCACAUCCAUUGAACUCAGAAUUUUGGGAAUCUUUGAACGGGUUAUUUACAUAGAUUGUAACAGAAGGAUUAUAAUGGCAAGUACCGGAAAAUUCAACGUAAAAACGUGAUUGAAGAAAAUACAUUACCUACA